UCACCACCACAUUACAAUUUGCUACCCUCUUCCAUCUCUCUUUUUACUGAUUCCGUUUCCUCUGCAAAUUUCAAAACUUUUUUCUAUGCUUCCAAGUUCAACUAUUCCCUUCGCUCAUCUUCGACGAACAGCUUGACGACGCUGCUGUUGCUGCUGCUGCUCAGCCUUAGCUCUGUAACCAAUCUCUUAGUCUCCGACCCUUUUUUGGUUUGAUUUACUGAGGCAGUUCCUACAUGAUGGAAUCCUGUGAUUGCAUUGAAUCACAAUGGCCGCAAGAUGAACUUCUGGUUAAAUAUCAAUAUAUCUCAGAUGUUUUAAUUGCUGCAGCAUACUUCUCCAUCCCUCUUGAGCUGAUUUAUUUUGUUCAGAAAUCUCCUUUCUUCCCCUAUCGAUGGGUUCUGAUGCAAUUUGGUGCUUUUAUUAUUCUUUGUGGAGCAACCCACUUCAUUAACCUGUGGACACUUUAUAUGCACACCAGAGCAAUUGCCAUGGUGAUGAGUAUUGCUAAGGUUUCUUGUGCUAUUGUAUCAUGUGCAACUGCUUUGAUGCUUGUACACAUUAUUCCUGAUCUGUUGAGUGUUAAAACACGGGAAUCGUUUCUGAGGAAUAGGGCUGAAGAGCUUGACCGGGAAAUGGGACUCAUUCUUACUCAGGAAGAAACUGGAAGGCAUGUUAGGAUGCUGACUCAUGAAAUUAGAAGCACGCUGGACCGCCAUACAAUCUUGAAAACCACUCUCGUUGAAUUGGGUAGGACCUUGGGUUUGGAGGAAUGUGCACUGUGGAUGCCAUCACGAAGUGGCAUGAAUUUGCAACUUUCUCAUACUCUCACCUACCAAAUUCAAGUUGGACCCACUGUGCCAACAAAUCUUCCAAUAGUUAAUGAGGUUUUUGGCAGUGAUCGAGCAAUGCGUAUACCCUAUACCUGUCCUCUGGCUAGGAUUAGACCUCUAGUGGGAAGAUUUAUACCACCUGAGGUUGUUGCUGUCCGGGUGCCCCUUUUACAUGUUUCCAAUUUCCAAAUCAAUGACUGGCCUGAUGUCUCAGCAAAAAGUUACGCAAUCAUGGUCCUGAUACUCCCUACAGACAGUGCCAGAAAAUGGCGAGAUCACGAGUUGGAACUUGUUGACGUUGUAGCUGAUCAGGUGGCUGUUGCUCUUUCACAUGCUGCUAUUCUAGAAGAAUCUAUGCGAGCCCGUGAUCAGCUCAUGGAGCAAAAUGUUGCUUUAAACUUGGCUCGACGAGAGGCAGAGAUGGCAAUUCAUGCACGCAAUGAUUUUCUUGCUGUAAUGAACCAUGAAAUGAGAACACCAAUGCAUGCGGUUAUUGCACUUUGCUCCCUUCUUCUGGAAACCGAACUAACUCCAGAGCAGAGAAUUAUGAUUGAAACUGUACUAAAGAGUAGCAACCUUUUGGCAACCCUUAUUAAUGAUGUUCUUGAUCUUUCUAGACUUGAAGAUGGCAGCCUACAAUUAGACAGUGGGAUAUUCAAUAUUCACACUGUUUUAAAAGAGGUCAUUAAUCUCAUAAAGCCCAUUUCUUCAGUAAAGAAGCUACCUAUAAAUUUGCUCACGGCACCAGAUGUGCCUGUGUACGCUGUUGGUGAUGAGAAACGGCUUAUGCAAACUCUUCUAAAUAUUGUGGGUAAUGCUGUGAAGUUCACUAAGGAGGGUUAUGUUUCAAUCUUAGUCUCUGUUGCUAAACCAGAAUCUUUAAGAGAUUUGCGACUUGCUGAAUUUUCACCAGUGUCAAGUGAAGGCCACUUCUACUUAAGAGUGCAGGUUAAGGAUUCUGGUUGUGGAGUGCUUCCACAAGAUAUACCAGGUCUCUUUACUAGAUUUACACAGCUUCGAUCUGGAUCUAAUAGAAAAAAUGAAGGUGCUGGACUUGGACUUGCCAUUUGUAAAAGGUUUGUGAACCUGAUGGAUGGUCAUAUUUGGAUCGAAAGUGAGGGCCUUGACAAAGGUUGCACUGCCACCUUCCUUGUAAAACUUGGGAUCUACAACAAUCCAAAUGAUUCAUCUUGCCCUCCAGUUGAAAUACAGGCUCGAGCAUAUCACAAAAGUGCAGAUCUGACUAGACAGAGACCAGCUGACAGAACGGCUCCAUCCAACCUUCGAUACCAGAGAAGUGUUUAGAUUGUACCAGAAGCAGAUGUUACCAUUCUUCAAUCCCACUUACUUCCACUUCUCACACUUGUUUCAAACAACGAGCAAGGCUUCCAAAAGAAAACCCUCAAGCUUGAAUGUGUUUUUCACAUGUUGUAGCAUUGUAAAAUAGGAUGACAGAUAGGUAGGGUUACUUUGUUAUAGGUGAGUUUAUGCAAGACAUUUAUAUUUCAAAUUGGCGUGAUAUAUGAUAAUAUCUGCCUAAACUGUAGGAUUCCUGUUGUGUUCAGCCAGAUAAAUGAAAUCUUCUUCGAUUUUGUACUUAUGUAUAUGUUAAACUUAACGCCAUAACUGUUAUAAU